AUGGAGCCGCUGCUGAGGGAAACCGUCAAGCUUGAGAAAAAGCUUCUUGACGAUGUCUUCGGCGAUGAAGAAGAGGCUCAUGAAUCAGCGCCUCAUAAAACAAGGAGACGAAUGAUGGGCUGGACAAGCGCCAGCUGGCCAGACUGCAAGAAGCAAGACCUUCCUGAUGAGAGCCAGCUCCGCAGCGUUGCGGAUCGCCUCAGCGAGCGCGACUUCCGGCAGGCGGGCUAUGACUUGGUGCUGCUCGACGGCUGCUGGGCGUCAGCGGAGAGAGACAGCGAGGGGCGCCUGCAGGCAGACGCUUCGCGAUUUCCGUCGGGCAUGCGGGCCCUCGUCGACUACGUCCACGAGAAAGGUCUGCGCUUUGGAAUUGGCGCCAGUCUCGCAGGCGCAUGCUCUUCGUCGGCUCCCAUCUCACCUGAUUCGGAACCCGAACAAGAUGUCUCCACUUUUUUGGAGUGGGGCGUUGACGUCAUUCAGCUCCAUGCCUGUCACUCGAUCGGGGUGGCGACGCACCGGGAGGCCGCGUCGUGGAGGGUGAUUCUCCAGUCGCACGCAGAGGCUUCACCGAUCCCGCAGCUGCUGUGCAGCUGGCUCGACUCCAACGCGCCCGCCAGCCUGGCCACCGGCGAUCGUGAAGAACUCCAGAAGGAGCUCCACACUCUCUCCAACAUCUGCACUGUUCAACACAUCGUCGAGAAAGCGCCGCGCUUCUGGACAGGCUUCAACGAGUUCGCUUCCGCGUGGAAGCGAAGCACAGAGGCCUCCGAGGUCGUGGGGCCAAGCCCGUUUCUCAAGCUGAGUCCCCAGCACCUUCCGAUCACCGGAGCCCAGGCUCCUACGCCCGCGGAAGUGCGCGUGGAAUUGUCCUUAUUUGCUCUUUCUGGAGCCCCGAUCCUGCUCGCCGGCGAUAUCGCAUCAGUGUCACCUGCGCUCACCAAGAUCUUGACGGGCAGUUCCCUGGACCAUGUUAUCGACAACAUGGACAUGACAUGGCUGACAAAGAGGCUGGGGGACUCCGUGGAGGUGCGAGUCUCGUCUCUCGAGGGCCCGGAUUUCGGUCUGGCACUGGUUAACUGGGGCGACAAGGAAGUCUCUCAGCAGCUCGACUGGCAGACGCUCGCAGGCUGGCUGGGUUUUGUGCGCGAGUUCCCUCUGGAGCUCCGAAACGUCUGGAAGGACGAAGGCAGCACAGUUCUGACGGUGCAUGGGCCGCCUGUGGAGAUUGUCAUCGCGCCUCACGACGCUGCGGUCUUCACGGUCAUGGACAUGCCUCACCACACUGAGCCAAGUCCCGCGGCUGUCGAGCCCGCGCCCCGCGUGGAGAUGGGCGCUGGAGUGCCCUUCUUCAGCCCCCUCGGUGUCCCUCGAGUCCUCGGCUCGGCGCCGCUUUCCUUCCGCUCCGCCGCUAUGCGUCCUCUUCUCUUCCCGCCUGCCUUCACUGCGCGGCCACUCCUGCGCGGGGCGGGAGUGGUCAGAAUCUUCCGCAUUGCGCCACUCGCCCCGCCUGCGCCUCCGCCGCCUUUCCCCAUGGAUCACCUCAUGGAGAAUUUGAACGGCAUUGCCAACAAGCUGCUCUCCUCGGUCAUUCCGGAGCUUGAACGGGAAAGCAAAGCUGCCGUGGACGACGAGGAGAGACCCCAUAAGCACCGUGUGGAGAAACAGGAAAGUCACGACGCGCACCUUACAGACAACGCGGAGAAGGCGGCCGAGCAGGCGCGGGAAGCUGUCAAGAACGUGAAGAAGCCCCUGGAGGUUGGAUCGCCUUCGUCUCAGCAGCAGCCCCACAACCCCCACAGCAGCGAGGACGCAAGAGAGGCCGUUGCGGCGAAGGAAGCGUCUACGGAGGCUGAGCCCAAAGUCGAGGCCAAGUCCGGCACAAAGGAGGCAAAAACCAGCCGAGAGGCGAAAGAGCUUUCCAAGGAAAGCGGGCACGGCUUCAGUGAGGCAAACGUGACGGCUCAGCCCAGUAAAGUUGCAUCGGCUUCCUGGCCCGUGUGGCUCGGCGGACUGGUCGUUGCAGGGCUUCUCAUUGCUCUCCUCAUUGGCGGGAGAGAGCUGCUUAUCGCUAAUUCGAGGCAAAAGGGCGGCAGCCCCCCGAGAAUGCAGCUUAUGCAGUGUGAACGGCCACAUGCCAACUAA